AUGGUUGCUGGCAUUGCAAGCUCAUUUGCAUGGAACAUUGCGCUAAAGCAAGUCGAGGUUAUUGCCAGCUCGAAGUACUUCUCUAUGGGCAAAGACGUAACGAACGCAGCUAUCAUCUCUUUCAGCACUGCGAUGGGCAAAGACUCGAUGUCAUCGUCAGUGAUCUCUCUUACCCCUGCGGCACAGCUUGAUAUUGACCAGAAGCUUACCCAAAACAGCGCAAGCAAUGCAUUAGGUACUGAAAAUGGAAUCUCGGAUGCACUUGGCACUUAUUUUUCAGCCUGGACUGGCAUGGAGAGUGGAUAUAUGACAUCCCUCUUUAGCGGAGCAAGUGAUGACUCCUCCAUCACUGCUCUUCAGAGUAUGGUCACCAGCGGUGCCAUGCUUCUGCUUUCAUCUCAGGUGGAGCUGACUGGGAUGACUGCCCAGGCAGAAAAGAUCCUUUAUGGGCAGCUGAUUCCAGCUGCCUGGGCAGAAGCUCCUUCCAAACAAUAUCCUCGAAUUCUACGCAAGGCAGGUGGUUGUUCCACAUCCGUGGAUCAAGAUGUUCUCAAGUACAUGUCUGAAAGCACCCUCGUGGGCAGCUAUGUCUGCUACAAUAAUGAUGCUUACUAUGUAGUGAGCAUCAACACUUCUCCUGGCAUGCAGCCUUUCAGUGGUCUCCCUGGUGGCACUCACUCGACUCUCGACGGUACUGCUUACGGUGGUGUCAUUCUAGAGGAUAUUGUGCAGAGUUCGUACCAGGCUUAUCAGCUGAAUAAUAACGCAAAUGGCUAUAAAAUGCCAUCUCUGUCAAAGGUCAUUGAUGGACAAGGAACGGAAGGUGACGUGAUCUUUCAAAACGGAAUCCGCACUCCUGGGUUCUUCAACUUGCCCAUCUGUGACGAUAUCGCAACUGCAGCCCAAAAUGUGGAGAAUGGGGCUCCUGGUGGUGACUACUGGCCUUGUACUGCACCAUCUGGAUACAACUCUGGUGGAACCAACUUGCACGUUAACGAUGGAUGCAUCAACGUUAACGACCAGAACUUAUGCCAUCCCAGCUCCACAAGAAACUCUUUCCAAAUAGGUAUUGCGGAUCAAAACACAGCCAACAGUACUGCGACCAUCUAUGCAAAGUUCAAUGGCGAUGACAAGACUGAUUAUAACGUGGUUCCUGGCUGCAAACUUGAGGCUGUCUGGCCCCGGAAUUAUGGUGAUAUCUAUUUCGGAGCCGACAACUGCUUGUAUGACUCGACCGGGGCAAAGAUAUUCGACCAGUGUUGCACCGAGUCAACUACGGACUCGGUUCCGAACCCUUACUAUGGAAACUAA